ACCACAGAAUCAACUUUGACAAAUACCAUCCUGGUUACUUUGGUAAAGUGGGUAUGAGAUACUACCACAAGACCUUAAACAAAUUCCAUUGCCCAUCCAUCAAUGUGGACAAGCUGUGGUCCCUUUUGAGUGAACAGUCUAGGGCCAAAUAUCUGGACCUAGUUUCUGAGAAGGCUUCAGUUAUUGAUGUAGCACAGGCUGGUUAUUACAAGGUUUUGGGCAAAGGUCACCUGCCCAAGAGACCUGUGAUCGUAAAGGCCAAGUUUUUCAGUAAAGUUGCCGAAAGGAGAAUUAAGGAAGUUGGCGGUGCCUGUGUACUGAUUGCUUACAGUCUUCAAUAA